AUGAAAGCUAUAAUGAAAAGUUUGCUUCUGUUAUCAGCGGGAUUCAUCUGGUCUGCAAAGGGACAUCCGAUGAUCAUUGAAUUGCAAGAAAAUGAAGAAAGAUGCAUCAACCUGAAUAUUCCUGAGGACGAUGACGCACAUUUGAUUUUCCUGCCGCUUCCUUCCGAAGCGGAAACCACGAAUGAGUGGAUCAAGAAAUACGAAGAUCUAGAGCAACACUUCCUCGGCCAGAUUGUCAAACUGACAAAAUCACGAAUGCACAGUUCACUUCCAAAGCAAUUUGUCGACGACCCACCCGCUGACAUUAAAGCUAUUAUGGACGAACUCGUUCACGAAUGGUACGAGGGUGAGACUAAUUCUAUGGCUGAAGUGAAACUUACCAAUCCGCACACACAAGGAUCCACUACCAUGGAGACACAUUGGUUCCACCCAUUGGUAUUGAACCAUUUGCGUCGUAUCCUUCAGCACAACCAACAACGGGACAAGGCUCCAUUGGAAGGAUAUGAAAUUUGUAUCACAUCUAAGAAUGAAGAAGUCCCAAUUCUCAUGAUGAUAGAACACGUCAUGACCAGCGACGACAUAUUUGACGACGAGGAGGACACCAAAUCUGGAAUGAUGUUCAAGAGUGAGCACUUGACGCCCUUGCAAGAUCAGUUGGACGGCAGUAUUCAUGCAGCCAACACGGUCAUUCGAGAACUGAACUUGAUGGAGAAACGGGAAAAGCGAAUGCGAAAGACUGCAGAUAGUAUCAACUGGAGAGUCCGUAAUUUUUCCUACCUUUCGGUCAUUGUGUUGAUACUGGUGACCUUUUUCCAAGUGACAUACCUCAAACGAUACUUCAAGAAGAAGAAGCUCUUGUAA